AUGGACGACGGUCCACCCCCACCCCCUCCACCGCCCCACGGCUCCAAGCCGAACACCACCCACGGCGAAUACCGCAAAACCUCCGACCUCCCGCCCGGCAACUACGACAUCUUCAUCAUCCCGCCGCACUCGGCGGGCUCCGGAUUCCUCUACCUGCCGUCCCUGCAAACCCAGCGCAACAGCUUCAUCGCCGGCUGCGUCUCCACCCUCGUGGCCAUGCUGGUGUGGGUGGCUGUCUCUCCGAUCCUGAAGUCGUGGUACGCUGCCACCGUCGCCAGUGGAAGCGGCAUGGGCAUCGCCAUCCUGGCAGUUGGCGUCGGGGUAGCCGGGUGGGCGUUUGGCGCGGCGCAGGCUGGUUUCGGCGGCGGUGCUGGUGACGGGGGUAGCGGAGGUCAUCGCGGGAAGCGGGGCGGGUUUGGAUUUGGUGGAGGUGGAGGCGGGGGGAGCCAGAACUAUGGCGGAGCGCCGGGUGGAGGACAUCAGCAGCACUACGGCGGAGGGGCAUACAAUAAUAACAAUGCUGGAGGAGCAUCACCGCCGCCACCACCACCCGGAGGAGGGGGUCCAUAUGGCGCAGGAGGGCAUCAAUACCAACAGCAACAGCAACAGCAGCAAACAGGCGGACCGCCACCGCAAUCGUCCCCCCCACCACCACCACCACCACCACCUCCUCCUCCUCCUCCACCCCAACCUGAACCCGAACCUAAGCCCCAAAGCGGCGCGGACUGGGAGAAAGCCCGCGAAGAGACGCGGCGCAAGGAGGAACUCCGCCGCAAGAUGGAAGCCUUCAAGCGCAAACGCGAGGCCGAGCAGCGCGAGAAGCAGAAGCAGCGCGAACGCGAAGCCAUGGAGCGAGAACUGCGCGAACGGCGCGAACAGCUCGAGAAGGAGAUGGCCGCAGCCAAGGAGGCCGCCGCACGGGAGGCCCGCGAGCGCGCCGAGAAAGAGGCGGCUGAGGCACGCGCCAAAGCCGAGCGCGAAGCGGCCGAAGCCCAGGCGCAGCGGGAAGCGGCCGAGGCGAAAGCGAAAGCCGAACGAGAGGCCGCGGAGGCGAAAGCGCGAGCGGAACGACUUGCGGCGCAGGCGCGCGAGCGCGAGCAACGGCGGGCGGCGGAGGCCAAAGCCCGUGCGGAGCGCGAGGCAGCGGAGGCCAAGGCCAAGGCGGAGAAGGAGGCGGCGGAGAAGGAAGCAGCCGCCAAAGCGGCGGCCAAGAAGGAGGCGGACGCCAAAUUCGCCGCCCUCAAGGAAGCGGCCGCGAAGAAGUACGCCGAGAAGAAGGCCAAGGAUGCGCAAGAGGCGGCCGCGGCGGCCAAAGCGAAGGCAGCACCGUCCCCGGCCCCGCGGACCCCAUCCCCGACCAAGAAACCGCCCACCGCGCGAACACAGACCGCCUCGACCGAAGACGACGCGCACUCCUUCCGGACAUACGACCGGCUACGCCGCCCCUACGGCACGGCGACCACAGCGACGACGUCCAGCUCAUCCGUCUACUCGGAAUCCUCGUCGUACGCCCCGUCGCAGUCCACGGCGCGCACCGACCCGCCGCCCUCGAACCGCGGACCCUACGAGACCAAAGACCCCGACAAAGUCGUCAUCCAGGGCGUCUACGCCUUCAACAACGCCUUCCUCCGCACGCCCGUGGCGCAGCUGGUCGCAGGGCAGGGCAUGGUGUCCGACGGACUGGUGCUGCGCAUCACCACCGAAGGCCUCUUUAUCGACGACGACGUCCGAGGCGUGGGCCAGCGCGAAUGGGACGUCAAGGCCUGGACGAUGAAGCUGGUAGAGGUCUGGUGUCCGCGGUACGCGGCGCAGCCGCAACCCAGUCGGCCGCCCCCGGGCCCGUUUACCAAGCGCACCAACGAGCCCACGGCCGAGGAAUCGGAGUCAUGUCUCGCGAACCUCCUGAAGGUGUGCAAGAACCAGUGCCGCCUGGCCCGCGGCGGCGGGAGCGCCAGCGGCCUGCACGUGCUGCGCGCCUCGGUGCGCGACCAGGAAGGCAAACGGUAUGUGUUCGUCCUGCAGGAGACCGAGGGCUGGAAGGUGGCGAUUGGCUUGCAGCGGUUACGUCGCGGCACGCUGUCGCGCGCGCUGGGCGUGUCGGGCAUGGCGCUGAAUGAGAGCCGGACUGUGCUGGCGGGGUUGGGGUAUUAA